AUGAGCCAGCACCCGAGCGUCUCGUCGCCCUUCCUCAAGCCCUUCUUCCUGAAGACGCCCAUACGGGUGGUCAGGCCUCUGCGGCAGAGGAGACACACGCUGCCCGCCAGCGAGUUCAGGAACCUCACGCCUCAGGACGCCAUCAGCGUGUUCGAGAUCGAGAGAGAAGCUUUCAUCUCGGUGUCCGGCGAGUGCCCUUUGACCCUGGAAGAGGUGCUGCACUUUGUGGAUCAAUGCCCCGAGCUGUCGCUGGGCUGGUUCGAGGAAGGCCAGUUGGUCGCCUUCAUCAUCGGCACGGGCUGGGACAAGGAGAGGCUUUCGCAGGAGGCCAUGACGCUACACGUGCCCAACACAACAACGGUGCACAUCCACGUGCUGUCGGUGCACCGCCACUGCCGACAGCAGGGCAAAGGCUCCAUCCUGCUGUGGCGCUACCUGCAGUACCUGCGCUGCUUGCCGCACCCCCGCCGGGCCCUGCUGGUCUGCGAGGACUUCCUGGUGCCCUUCUACCGCAAGGCCGGCUUCAAGGAGAAAGGCCCGUCGGCCAUCAGCGUGUCCAACAUGCGCUUUCAGGAGAUGGAGUAUUUGCUGUGCGGGCAGGCGUACGCCCGGCGGAAUAGCGGCUGUUAGCCCCGCCCACCUGAGCGACCCCCACCUCCCCGUGGCCUUCAUUCAUAGGAAAGCUGCCUUAAAUGCACUUUUACACCUGCUGGAUGGCAUUUGCCGUGCAAUUUUUCCCAUCAGACUUUAAAAACCGCUCACUUCCUUUGAUUUUCCUCCCUUUGCUGGGUUCUGUGCAAAAGGCGGAGCCACACUAAUGUUGGAUCUUCAGCCAUGACUGACAUAAUCACAGUGUAAAAUUGCAAAUGGCAAAGCCAAAUUGAAGUCGGGUUUUCUGUUUCAACUCUGAUGCGGUCUGUGUGAAAUCAACAUUGCAAUGUCAUUCCUUUGCUUGGUUCUGCACAAAAGGCAAGGAAAGCUGUGUUAAUGCAAGAUUCAAAAUCUGUGAUAUUGAGCUCAGCUCCUGCAAUAUCCACUCUAAGUGGGUCCCGUGCAACUGAAUGCAAUGUCUCCGACUACAACGCGGGUGGUGUCCGUGUGAAAUUCCACACAU